AUGCCGAUCGACCUGUACUACGUGUUGCCGAGUCCCCCGUGCCGAAGCGUGAUGCUUCUGGCCAAGGAUCUGGGCGUGGAACUCAACUUGAAGCCCACCAGCCCCAUGUCUGGUGCCACUCGCACUCCGGAGUUCCUCAAGAUGAAUCCGCAGCAUACGAUCCCAACGAUGAACGACGGAGGAUUCUGCCUCUGGGAAAGCCGGGCCAUCCUGCGUUACUUGAACAAGAAAUACUCCAAGACCGACAAGUUGUAUCCCAAGGACGCGAAGGGGAGCGGAUUGGUGGACCAGAGAUUGGACUUUGACAUCAGCACCUUCUCGCCUGCUUACCUCGACAGCGUUGUACGGCAAUAUCAACUCCUGAAGAAGAAAAACAAUCUGUCGAAAUUGUUGAAACACAGAAUAACAUCGACGGGAGCUAUUAACGCCAAAUAG